CUAGUAAUGGCGCGAUUUGUGUUUUGCUGUAUGUUAACACACGUGUUUAAACAUCCAACUAGGUUAAUCCGUUGGACGUCUUCGAAUAAAAUUCAGUUUGAUAAAUCAAUUCAAGAUAGAAAAGGAAAAGGUUUGCCAAAAAAAUUUCCCAUUGCUGGUGUUGAACAUGUUGUUCUUGUUGCUUCUGGAAAAGGUGGUGUUGGAAAAUCUACUACUGCAGUUAAUCUGGCACUUGCUUUUAAAGCAAACGAAAAGGAAAAAUCUGUUGGUUUGUUAGAUGCAGAUGUAUACGGACCUUCAAUACCAAAAAUGAUGAAUUUAAAAGAAAAACCUGAGAUUAAUAAGCAAAAUUUGAUGAUACCUUUGACUAAUUAUGGAAUUAAAUGUAUGUCAAUGGGGCUUCUUGUUGAUGAAAAAUCUGCUAUUGUAUGGCGUGGCCUAAUGGUUAUGUCUGCAAUUGAAAAAUUAUUGCGGCAGGUUGCCUGGGGACCUUUAGAUUAUUUAAUAAUAGAUAUGCCACCUGGAACUGGUGAUACACAGCUUUCAAUAUCUCAGAAUAUUCCAAUAUCAGGUAAAUUUAAAGUAUUUUAGCUGUUAAACAUUUUGAA